UAGGAAAACAUAUAAGAGGCCGGCAGGAACGGAGUGUGAGUGGAGGAGACGAGAGCUGUCAGACCUGAAGUCCAGUAAUUAUACAAAUAUGAAGUCUUCAUCUACCUUGAGCAUUCGGCUAUGGGUGUAACAUCAGGCCUCGACCAGCCUGUGAGGGGGAGAAACUGGUUAAAGCAGAGAGAGAACUAGUUUGUUGACAUGCGGGGCUCCUGUGCCGUUUCCUGUCAGUGCAACUCGUGCUAACUCCGUAACUCCGACCGGUUUCAGCACCGCAGCUCAGAAAGACUGGCUGGACUCUUGAUAACCUCCAUCCAUCUCUGAAGGCUACAGACCUACAACAGGAUGGAGUCUAUCAACACCUCCAUGUCCAACUCUGCACCGGGGGCUGACCCCUCACCUGCCCCACAUCCUGCCAUGUCCAUCGAUAAGCUUUUCCCCGCUCUCCUUGAGUGUUUUGGGAUCAUACUGUGUGGAUAUGCAGCUGGCCGUGCCAAUAUCAUCACAUCCACACAAGCCAAAGGCCUGGGGAACUUUGUGUCAAGGUUUGCUCUGCCAGCACUGCUAUUUAAGAACAUGGUGCUGCUGGACUUUGGAAAUGUCAUCUGGCCAUUUCUUUGGAGCAUUCUGGUGGCCAAACUGACUGUGUUCUUCAUUGUGUGUGUGCUGACAUUGCUGGUGACCAGCAAGGACACCAGAUUCUCCAAAGCAGGCCUUUUCUCCAUAUUUGCUACUCAGAGUAAUGACUUUGCUCUGGGAUACCCUAUAGUUGAGGCUCUAUACAGAAACACCCAUCCAGAGUACCUGCAGUACAUUUACUUGGUGGCUCCGGUCUCCCUCAUGGUGCUAAAUCCAAUUGGUUUUGCAUUCUGUGAGGUCCAGAAGCGGCGGGGUGAGCACAUGCAGCAUCAGAGUAAGCUGCAUGUGGUUGGGGUGGUGCUGCUCCAGGUUCUCAGGAACCCCAUCGUCUUCAUGGUGGUGGUCGGGAUUGCGUCACACUUCCUACUGGGCCAGAAGAUCCCACCGUUCAUGGAGGAGUUUGUGGAUGGCUUGGCCAACUCGUUUGGAGGUGCGGCUCUGUUUUAUCUGGGUCUGACCAUGGUGGGUCAACUAAGGAAGCUGACAAAGUCCACAGUGGUGGCUCUGAUACUGCUCAUCACCGCAAAACUGCUGGUGAUGCCACUGAUUUGUAGAGGCAUGGUGGAGGUUUUGGACAGUGGAAACUUUAGCUCUCUAAACCACAGCAGUCUGUCUAACUACGCUUUCCUGUACGGAGUCUUUCCCACUGCGCCCAGUGUGGCCAUAUAUGCUGCACACUACAACAUGGAGCUACAGGUGGUGACCUCAGGGAUGGUUAUCAGCACCUUUCUCUCUGCCCCUAUCAUGUAUGUCUCUGCCUGGCUGCUGACUAUUCCCUGGAUGGAUCCCAAACCACUAGCAUCUGCGUUGCAGAAUAUUAGCUUUAACAUCAGCAUUGUCAGCCUGUUUGCACUGGUGUGGUGUGUGGCUGUAAAAAUAAUGAGUAAGAAAGUCUGCAGUCUUCCUCAUAUGUUUACAGUUAAUCUGUUUGUGGCACAGUUGGGGGUAUGUAUAGGUAUGAUUGCUUGGAACUUUGUAGUGGUUAAAGAUAACUUCAUUGGUCAGGUGUUUACCUUUACUCUGCUAUAUGGCUCACUCUACAGUACCUACAUAUGGCCAGGAUUGAUAGCCAUCUCUCUCUACCUGUUGAAGAGGGAUGAGCAGCUAAAGGUGCAGCCAGGUAUUAUAAUGAUCAUUGGCUGGGGUGUGCCAAUGGUUGCAGUAAGCAUUCUCCUCAUGGUGGGAGAGAAAAUGCAGGACACCAUCGACUCUGCUUUCUUUUUUGGCACAUCGCAGAUAUUUUGCACAUCAGUAGUGCUGUGUGUGGGUAUAGUUGUAGCAGGUGUGUCUCUCAUGCUACUCAGCAGAGGCACCCAGGAAUAUCAGACCCUUGAGCAGGAAACAGCAAAUGGCACUGCAGAAGACCUGAGAGCAGACAACAGCGUGCCGGCCCAGUGCACUUUUGAGCAGUCUUCCAUAGAGGAUGACAUCAGGCCAGAGUGUAAGGGCUGUCAGUGCAGUAGUGCUUCUGUUCAGUCAAUGACUAAUAUGGUUAUCAACAACAGUGUGAAGGACACUUCAUCUGCACAGCAAGGUGAGUGCGGGAGCUGCUGUGAUUCCUCUCAUUGUUUGCUGGUGGAAGAGGAAGAGAAAUGGCAGAGUGCAGACAGACAGAUGGCCAGACAUGCUUUGCUUUGCUUGUUACUCACCGUCAGUCUUCUUGCUAAUCUCUCCAGCUGCCUCUGGUGGCUCCUUAGUCCAGUUCCAGGCAGGUUGUACUUGGAGCUACAGUUCUUCUGUGCUAUCAUCAACUUUGGACAGGGUUUCAUAUCUUUUGGAAUUUUUGGCCUUGACAAACAUUUAAUCAUUUUACCAUUUAAAAAGAGGUUAGCCAAUCUGAGACAGGCUUUUGGUCAAGAGGCAGCGAUCCAGUCAGACAUAUCUGAGGAGAUCAGACUGACCUGUAAUCAGUUCCUUAAAUAUCAUAAAGAACAGUGUGUGCAAGACAUCGUCCAUAAGAAGAGGUGUGGGAAGCGGAGCAUAGCAGAGACCUUUCUGGGUAGUGAAAUGGUGCAGUGGCUGCAGACUGUUGGACUUGCUAGUGACCAGGGGGAGGCGCUAUUGUAUGGCUCACGGCUGCUGGAGGGUGGCGUUAUCCACCAUAUCACCCAUAACUAUGGUUUCCUGGAUGACACCCUGCACUAUCGUUUCACAGAAAACAUAGCUAAUCACUAAAGCUGGAUGAAUAUAAAGGCUAGAAAAGGCUAAUGUUGGUUCAAUUUCAUCUUCAAAGUAAUGCGCUGUGUGCCUAAUUUAACUUGUAGUGUGUUAUUAUGGCUUGAGAGUAGUUUACACUGGGCUUACACUGACCCUUUCCUAACCUCUUGGGUAUGGGAUGGAAAAAAGGGACGGUAAGAUUAACACUGUGCUGCUUAUAGGACUAGGUGAUGGUUUGCAUGCUAAGUUGCAUGUAUAGCACCACUGUGUUCUGGGUAUUUUACAUGUAAAUACCACAUAUUGAAGCUAUAAGAGCUUCAAAUAUAGAGGAAUAUAAUGGCCACAAAAAUACAAGCUUUGUUACAAUAAUGCAAGUAGAAAUCUUGCAGCAACAGGUACUUCUUCCAGUAUCUCCUGGAUACUCUCUAUACAGAAUAGUGCAAACAGCUGAAGCUAAAACAUCUGGGAUCAAUGUAGGUCAUCAUAAAACCAGUCUGUGUGAAAUCUUUGUCUUUUUCAGAAGUUUCACUUGGUUACAAUUAUUUCAUAUUACAGUUGUAUGCAAAUGUUUGUGUGCCCCUGGUCAAAUUACAUUUUUAUUGAAGUCAAAAUAAGUACAUAUUCUCCUUAGAUAGCACACUUCUGCAUGUUUAAAGGCACAAUUACUGUUUGCUGAAUAACACUGGGGGGAAAAAAGAUGGCCUGUGCAGAAAAAUGCCAUAUAGGUUUGUUCCCUGUAAAGGAUGUUAUUUCUUAUUAUAUUUUUUUCUCAUUUUCACUUCUAUAAAACAUGUCAUUUGACCAGGAGUCUUCAAACUUUUUGUGUAAGAAUGUAUUAAUGAAAUUAAUAUUGCACUGAAAAAAAGUCUUCCAUUAAUAAGUUGGUACUUAUUAGCUACGAUAAAAUCAUUUUAACAGCUUAAUAAGGUUUUAUAAAGAUUUCUCCAGAAAUUGUUUAUCACACUGCGAAAGGAUCCUUUAUUUGCAGCACUGAUACAAUUUUCUUUAACUGUAUCAAUGUUUAGGAUAGUCAGACUAGCUAGCAUGAAAAAUUAGAUUAAACAUGAAGUGCUUUUAAAGCCAGAAACAAAAACAAAAUAUGCUUAUAUUGAAAGGAGGGUAAAAUAGAUGAUCUCUACUUUACUUUAUCCAGAACUCCAUGCCUACUGCUUUAAAUAAACAUUGUCACUUAAGUUAUGACUCCAAUUCAAAACUUUUCCCCAAUAUUUCGCUUAUACCUCUGACACAUUGUAGGAUGGAGCCAUAAGUAAAUUAAUUAUUGAGGUUUUAAUGGUCAAUAUUGUUUCACAUUCUCAAAGCCAAAGCUGAGGGAGGAAAUCUGUUCCAUCACUUUGAUUAACCCAAAUGUUUGAGCUUGAAUCCCAGCCGUGGUCUGCAGGAGCUCUUCAUGUUAGAUCCUCAGGUGACCAGGCAGUCUGACGCUAACACUGUGUAACUCCAACUUGUAUAAAACUUGUUUAUUUGCAAAGAGAUUAUUUUGUGUUACUUAUUUAUAAUACAGUUCAUGCCAUUUUUACAUAAUUACAUUUGCCACACAUUGCAUAUUUACAUUAAAUAAACGAUUUCUCCAAGUU